ACAUGUACUUUGGCCGCCAGCCAUGGCUCAGGAGGUGGACUAUGGUGAAUGAAACUCUGCGAUGAUGUCUCUUAUCAUCGAAGACAUCUUUCUAUCUAUUUAUAGUGAAAACAGUCGUCGCAGAUUUCGGCUAUAUAGGAAUUCCCCGCCAUCUCCGAGAUGCUAUGGAUGAGAAACCAUAACCCUAACAGAAUCCCUACCCCUUUGAUGUUAUUACUAAGCACCGUUACGCCGCCAUCCCCGCCAUCUCCGAUCUCCCUUGAUGAGACCAAUGGGUUUGUUUACAUCAGGGCGCAAAAGAUGACUGAGAGCGAGUCUCUGCCACGACGGCCGCCUCGUAGACGCAAACGCAAGCUUGUCUCCUGCCGCCCAUGUCAUAUUCGCAAGGUCAAAUGCGACCAGGGGCGCCCUGCGUGCGGCCGAUGCUGCAAGCUGAAACAAACGCACGCCUGCGUAUACGAGCAGGCGAAUGACUCCAGCCAUGCUGCAGCCGGCUCUUCAGAAGCCGUGCAAGGUCCCGCGCAAAGCUUCCAGUCUAUUCCUGGUCCCGCUUCGACAAAUCAUCCUCCAAAUCAGGAAAGCAGUCGAAAUCAAGGGACCUGGCAACUGCUCGGGGUGCAGUCGACGACGACGGGUCUCACGAUGGAGACUCAACGCCCGGUGAUCAGUACAGAGAUGGACCUGGUCGGUCUAUCUUCGGCUGCGAUCCGAGGUGAAGAGCAGAAACAAGUCAUCUUCCGCGGCGAGAACUUCCGCACGCAUUACUACGGGGGAAGCAAUGCUACGAGUCUGAUCGGGCAGUUUCCCGAGCUUCGGCGAUUCAUGAAAGAGGCCAUCAUGCAGCAUACGGCUCUGCCUCGUGUGCAGCGGGACCUGAAGGCGCUGCAGGUGGAAUGGAAGAAAGAGAAAGGCGCGUGUCUUCCCGCCGAGCAUUCGGGGCUGUGGCAUCUGUUACCCCCACGGGAGAUAGCACGGCAGUUGAUCCGGCGGUACUGCGAUACAUUCGAAUCCACGUACCGCAUCCUCCAUCGCCCUAGCUUCUUGGCGGACUACGAGGCGUGCUGGGACGACCCUGCUGCCGCACGGCCGGCCCUCGUCGUCAUGAUGUUGCUGGUGAUGUCGUGCGUGAUUGGUGUCCCUGCGGCGCCGGAGACUGAGAGUGAUGUGACUGUCAUGUAUGUCGGCGACAGUUCGGUGGCGCGCGAGCGCGCGGUGCUCUGGAUCGAGGUCGCGGAGCGCUGGCUGCAGGUCCAGAGCCAGAAGAUGGUCUACCUUGCCAUCUGGCAGAUCCGGUGCCUGCUUAUACUCGCUAAACAAAUCAACGUCUUCAAGAAGAAACGGUUCUGGACGGAGACCGGCACCCUCCUCCGCGAAGCCAUGGCUGCGGGUCUGCACCGCGACCCCGGCCUGCUGGGUGAGAAAGUCUCCUUCUUCGACCAGGAGAUGCGACGCCGGCUAUGGGCCACCAUCACCGAACUAGAACUUCAGGCUUCGAUCGACCGCGGCAUGCCGUCUGCCUCGGCGGGGAUCUUUGCGGACUGCAGACGCGUGCUCAAUAUUGACGACGAAGCUCUCUCCGUCGCGGGCAGCAGCGGUAGCAACCAGCAAAUAAACGGUCAGGAAGACAACCAAUACACCGAUACGUCAUUUCUGUGGGCUUCGCGGGCCAGCUUUGCGCUACGAGUCAGUCUGAACUCGUUUGUCAACGACCUGGGCUCUCCCGAUACAUAUGACCAAGUGUCGCAGUAUGAAGAGCAGAUCACACAGCAACUCCGAAUGCUUCCUUCCUGGGUACUAGCCGGAACAGGAGAAGAAGAAGAAAGAGAAAGAGAAAGAAACAGAGAUCCCCGGGAAGCAGUCCCCUCAUCGCGGCGACCACCGUCAUCCUUGGCAGCAUCCCUCCUUCGGCUUCAACUGCACCAGUUCUUCCUCAUACUGCACGCACCUUUUACCCGCAAGACAGAUGUGAGUCCGCGGUCCUCUCUAUCACGCAUGAUCUGCUUCCAAGCCUCGAGGGACAUUCUCAAACAGUACAGACGAGUCGAUCAAUCAGUGUAUUUCCCGCUUCUUCUCCUUCGACUGGAUUUCUUCCGAGCUGCCCUUGUCACUUCUUAUACUGCAUAUGCCUCCCUUCGCUCAGGCAUGUCUUCUUCUUCUUCUUCUUCUUCUUCUUCUUCUUCUCUCUUCAGUCAAAGCACAAAUGUAUUCCUCCAGCAUGUCGAUGAUGUCCUCACAAUGCUAGAACAUAGAAUCACCCGCUUAGGGACCGGAUUCACGCACUACUGGUACAUCUCAGCCGCCUCUGGUUUUCUUCGUUCGGUGAUCUCCCCCGCCGACUCGGCCACGCAGAAGACCCAGGCCGUUGAGAGAGUGACGAGCCAGUACUUUCGGGUCCUGGCCUCGCAGGAGGACAUGGCUCGGGCUAGAGAAGAGAUUAAUCUACACAUUACAGACAUGAACAUCACUCCCGACCUAUCCUUCCACCCACUCACAGAAGGGGUGUUUGACACAGACCUUCCAUUCCCUGAAUUCUUCUUCGGCGAUCCUGCGGCGUGGACAUUCGAGAAUUUCGAGUAGUUUAACCCUAUCUGAAGGGAUGGGAAAAGAGAUUCUGAUUCCAAUCUACCGUAACUACUACAACGGUACAUCUUUGUGCCUUUUCUUUUCCAUUCAUGUAUAUAUAUUUUUUUUCUAUUGACUAUGCAGGCUCCUGGUCUUUAUAGUGUACUACUAGGUGAAUCUGUCUCUCCAAGUGAAUGAAAGGGUUAGGCAACAACCAAGAGACAGCCAUAUAAAAGGCAUCAACUUUGCAAUAUCCCUUGUAUCUCUUCCUUCUCCUGUACUAGCUUAUAUUAUCAUAUAUAUAUGUAUAUAUAUAUAUAUG